AUGGUUGAAAACAGAAGGGAUCGACGAGCCCAACGCGCCAACGGUACCAACGGUGCCAAGACUCUUAGACACGAGCCUCUAAAGCGAGGCACGUCCAUUGACCACCUCGAAUACGUCGAUGUGACUCCCAUCAUCGGCCGCGAGUAUCCCACCGCGAGGCUCAAGGAGAUGCUCGACGCCCCGAACGCCGAGGAGCAGCUUCGCGACUUGGCCAUAACAAUCUGCGAGCGCGGCGUUGUGUUCUUCCGCGCACCCCAGGACGAUUUGUCCGUCGACGAGCAGAAGCACAUUACCGACCUGCUUGGCAAGCUAACGGGCCGCCCCGAAGAAAAUGGCCUGCAUGUCCAUCCUCUAUAUAACGACCCCAACAACUUGCCCAUGGAGGAUGGUACAACCGACAAGAAUAUAUAUGUCAUCAACUCAGAGGCUGCAAAGAAGCUCUACGCGACUAUGAAGAACCGCCCCAACGCUCUGAACGAGCCCCGUGAUCUCGGCCGUGAAUGGCAUAGCGAUAGCCUCUUCGAAAAUUGUCCUUCUGACUUCUCUUUCCUUCGUAUGCAGUCGACCCCUCCAGCCGGUGGUGACACUCUCUGGGUCUCUGGCUACGAGAUGUACGACAGGCUGUCGCCUCCCUUCCGCGACUUCCUCGAGACCCUGACCGCCACCUGUGCGCAGCCCGUCUUCAAGAGCGCCUGCGAAGCAGGCGGCUACGAUGUCAUGUCGCCUCGCGGCUCCCCUUAA